GGUGCAGGGGGUGAAAGCACAGCAAAAUCUCUGCGCAAACGGCCAAGAAAGCCUCUUCAAGAUUUCCUUCCCCAUCCCCCAUCCGAAGGGAGGAGACCACGCAGCCUGCGUCUCCUGUCUUUCCCUUGUCAGAGUCCCCACCAAACCCCACCUCCUCCUGCUUUUACAUGGAUUAAAAUGAAAAGUUAGAGAGAGAGAGAGAGAGAGAGGGGAUGGUGGUGGAAUAAUAUCGAGCGGAAGCGUGUGCAUAUUGGGUAUUGAGCGACGUCCAGCGAAACACGUAUCCGAUACUGGUCCGCGAACGCAUGAAGGACCCGCGAGCGAACACGACGAUGCGCCAGUGACGCCGCUGUUGCCCGCAUUUAUUUUCCCCCGCUUCAAGAUAAGGCGCGCGCCCUCCCUCGCUUCGUCGUGUUAUCGAGGCCCGGGGGGAGCCGACGAUUCUUGGGUCCGAGCGAAUUUUCUCUCCUUUUGUGGUUGGUGUUGGGAAGGAGGAGGAGGAGGCGGGUCGUUUCGAAUGUCGGGCGAGGAAUCGUCUUCUGGGUUCUCGGCUCUCGAAGGGGUCGAAGACGUGGAAGACUACAUCUGGGCGAAUGAGGGUGAAGGGUCGCUGCCCUGGGACAGUUUUAGUCAUGUCUUUGAUCUUGUGCAAAAUGGAAACCAAGCAUUUCGACAGAAUCGUCUUGAAUCAUUUGAAAAGUCGAUCGAUUACUACUCAAGGGCAAACAAUAUCAAGCCCAAUGAUCCUGUCAUUCUUGGGAACCGAUGUGCUGCUUAUAUAAGGAUAAGCCAAUUCUUAAAACUCAGAAAUCCGUCAGACUCUGAACAUAGUGCAUUGAAUGGCCUGGAUCCUACAAUACAUGCAGAACUCGCUUUAAAGGAUGCUGAGAAGCUACUGAGUCUUCAAAGUACUUCAGUCAGACCAUAUACUUUGAAGGCCAAAACUCUUUUAUUGUUGGAGAAGUAUGAAAUGGCUAGGGACAUAGUAAUAUCUGGUCUUCAGGUGGAUCCUUUUAGCAAUCCUCUUCGAGCUAUUCUCCAAUAUUUGGAGAGAAAUUUGACUGGACUAGUGGAGAGGCGAGGCCAUGGAAGACCCGAGCGUACGGAUGACUUUGAUUGCACACUAUGCUUGAAACUACUAUAUGAGCCAAUCACAACGCCGUGUGGUCAUUCUUUUUGUCGUUCAUGCUUGUUUCAAUCUAUGGAUCGUGGUAACAAAUGUCCAUUGUGCCGGACAGUUUUAUUUAUGAGUCCUAGAACAUCUGCUGUCAGUGUGACACUUAACAACAUCAUUCAAAAGAACUUUCCAGAGGAAUAUGCCGAAAGGAAGGCAGAGCGUGAAAGUCUUACGUAUUUAGGAGUUGAUUUGGUGCCCCUUUUUGUGAUGGAUGUGGUUAUCCCUUGCCAGAAGUAUCAUCUUCACAUUUUUGAGCCCCGAUACAGGCUCAUGGUGAGGAGGAUAAUGGAAGGGAACCAUCGGAUGGGAAUGGUUGCAAUUGAUUCCAGUACCGGAUCUAUUGCUGAUCUUGCUUGUGAAGUGGAAAUUACUGAGUGUGAGCCACUUCCAGAUGGGCGUUUCUUUAUAGAGGUAGAGGGCAGGCGCAGAUUUCAUAUAAUACGAUCCUGGGAUCAGGAUGGAUAUCGUGUUGCGGAAGUUGAAUGGGUACAAGAUGUGCAUCCUCCACAAGGGAGCAGAGAAGGAGUCGAUUUACUAGAAUUGACCACUAAUGUAGCUGAAGAUGCUUUGUCCUGGUUGACAAGAGCCAAACAAGCAGCACGACAAGAUAGAUCCAAGUAUGAAAAACUACUAAGCCUGGAGCGCAUGAUGCCCUCACCCCAAGAUCCUGAGCGCUUUAGUUUCUGGCUUGCUACUCUAACAAAUCGGAGGCCCCAGGAAAAGUUGGAUCUCUUGCGAAUAAAAGAUACUAGAGAGAGAAUCAACCGAGGGUUGAUCUAUCUCAGAACCGAAGAACAGGGCUGCCGGAUGCAGUAAUACCAAUAGUAAUCAGGGGUUUGUGCCCCCACAAGUUUUCCGCAAAUAGAUUUUUUUCUUCUUCUUCAAAAAGUAUAUUUAUUUUUUGAUCCGCAAAUCGAAAUUUGUGGAUCCCUAUUGAUUUCUUGUAAAAUGAAUGCUGUAACGGCUAUAUGUGAAGGUACAAUUUUGGUCCGACAUAGCUGAUAGAGUAAGAACGCGAAUCUUGUCGGAACAUAGGCAAUACAGUCAGCGGCCUGCAGGUCCUCUGACCUUCGAAAUCUGAUCUUGAAAUCGAUUUUCUGAA